AUGACGUCGGCGCUGACCGACAAACUCAAGCACCAGCUGUGCAAGCCCGUCGGCUGGACGGCGGCGCCGCUCGACGCCCGCUUCAGCACCGUCCGUAUGAAGGAGAGCAACAUGGGCAACUUCGUCUGCGAUAUUAUGCGCAACUACCACCACGCCGACGCCGCCCUCAUGGCCGCCGGCACCAUCCGCGGCGACCAGAUCUACCCGCCUGGCGUGCUGCGCGUGCGCGACAUUACAAACUGUUUCCCCUUUGAGGACCCCGUUGUCGUCAUUCGUGUCACGGGCACGCAGCUGAGGGAGGCCCUCGAGAACUCGGUCUCCAUGUACCCGGCGCAGGAGGGACGGUUCCCGCAGGUGUCGAACCUCGAAUUCGAGUUUGACCCCAGCAAGGUGUCCGGCGCGCGCGUCAACUGGGUGAAGCUCGGCGGCGCGCCGCUCGAGGAAGGAAAGAAAUAUGUGCUCGCGACGAGGGGUUACAUGGCGCGCGGCAAGGACGGGUACGACUCGCUGCUCGUGGAGCCCGAGGGCGGCACGGCCGAGGAGCUGAUCAGCGAGGAAAACGGCAUCCUCAUCUCGGCCAUGCUGCGGCAGUAUUUCAUGGGACUGCGGACUGUCGGGCAGUGGAAGAAUCUCAGCGAGCACUGGGUCAAGGUCGCGAGUGAGUGCACGACGCCCAUCGAGACGAGGAAGAAUCCCUGGGCCACCGCGCCGGGCAACAAGCCCGAGCAAGACACGGCGCAGUCAAAGACUGGCGCGGACAGCAAGUCGUGGAGCCAGUGGAUGCGGAAGCGGCUCGGCCUCGACGCCCGGCCCGCCGAGUCGGACGAGGAAGAGGAUGACAGUGAUGAAAAGGGCGGCAAGGGCAUCCUGCAGGACGCCGACGAGCUGGCCAGCGUCGACCUCGAGCUGCUGUUGAUGCGAAAGUUCUUUGGCCGGUGGGCCAAGAAGAUUGGCGUUUUUGGAAAAGCUGUCGAUCCCCUGGUCGAGGGCGACUUUUCGGUCGACUGGACGCGGGUCAUCGCUCCUGUAUUGGAAGGGAGGAUCAAGAUGGUGGGCGCAUAG